CUCGUUCAAAAGCACUCCUCCAGCAAAUGUGUCCAUGCUUUGAGCGUUUGAGUGGAACUGAUGAAAUUGGUGCCCUAAAUCACUCGUUUUGUGCAAUUAGCGUACGGUGGUGCCUCCUUCCCCACCCCAAGCGCCAUGGAUCUUAAGCUGGCCGGAAAAUGCAAUCUGCUCGCGCCGUUCGAAAAACUGUGGCAAAGCCAAAUAAAGUACCUCGCCGAGCAUGCGUUGAGCUGCUGUUUGGCCAGCUGCACCACCAGCACGGACGCGCAGCGCGUGCGGGAGCGUUUUGUCGACCGAAUCAUUAUCCUGGUGCGCAGCGGUGGCAUCCGCGACCAGCUGAAUCUGGCGCUCGACGUGAAGGGGCACGUGGCGGCCCUGGCGUAUCGCGCGCAAGGUACCGCCCUGUACCAUCCGCGGGUGUGCAAUUACAUCGAGGCGCUGAAGUACUUCAACGCAAGCAUUGCCCACACGGAGCUGAACUCGGUCGACCGGGGCAUAGCGUACGCGAACCGGUCGAUCGUGUGCAUGGAGCUGCACCAGUACGAGGACUGCGUGGCGAACGUGCGCCUGGCCCGCGCGUCCAACUAUCCGGUCCGCUUUCUGCCCAAGCUGGCAGCGCGUGAAGCACGCGCCCAGCAUGCGCUGCAGCACGUCCGGGCGAUCAACGCGCGGAAGCAAAAGAACGGCCACAGGUCCGCCGAGCGCAACUGGCAGCAGCAGGAAAAGAAACAGCCGGCAGCAGCAAACGGCGCGGAGGAACUGUCGACGAAGCUGGGCCCGCAUCUGCACGGGCUGGCCGUGGUCGAGUACGAGCAUCUGUACGCGCGGUGCAACUAUUGCCACAGCCGGCGGCUGUUCACCUUCAUCCCGUGCGAAGGCUGCACGGUGGCCAUGUUCUGCUCGGUGGCGUGUUUGACCGAGGCGUACCGGAAGUACCACCGGUACGAGUGCGGCUUGGUGCGCGAUCUGUGGAGGAUCGGUGGCGCCGGAGCGGUUACAGCAUUCCGGCGGGUCGCGGCCGAACUCGCAUCCUUCCCCGAUGUACCGUCGUCCGUCGAGUAUCUGGAGCUGUUCGUCGCUAUGAAGGGAUACUGUGCGGUGGCGGAUGGAUUGGAAGGAGCAACGGUGCAGGAGAACGACCAUCGCCAGCUGUCGUACCGGAUUUUCCUCACCGACAUCAUCCAUCAGCUGAUGGUGGAGCGUACGGUGCUGGGAUUUUGCUGCAUCGAGGACCCUCGAAUUAGCCGACUGUUGUUUGAAUUGAUCCUUUACUAUCUGACCAGCUGUGCAGAUUAACGCUAACUAGAAUGUUGUUCGCCGAGGAUCGUAACGGAAGGCCUCAAACGUUUUUCACCAUUCAACAUGCAAAGGAACAGUGGUACAGGUACCACACACACGAUGAUGAAGGAUUCAGCCUUAACCUAUCUAGAGCAGAAGGAUUCUGCCUUUUUUUAUUCUGUGAAGACGUUACAGACGACGAUACAGUCAUUAAUGAUAGGGGAAAAAUGAGCUUUCCAAACAGUUCUAGGAAAGUGUUUAGAUGUAAGUUUUGCGAAUGUGCCUUGCGUCUUUAGUUUCCAAAUUCCAAAUCUCAAGUCAUUCCAUUGUUGCAAUUGAUGCAAUUGAAAAAGAUGCUCCAAAAAGCAGAUUUUAUUCUCAAAAGUUCAUUGCAUACGCUUGGACGCGAUUCAUAAACCAACAGUGGAAUUAAGUGAUCUCUAUUCCACUAGCAUUUUUUUCUAAUUGCAAUAACUUGCCAUAAAUCGAUCAA